AUGCCGGAGUACGAGGCGCGCCGUGCGAAACGCAUGCGCCAUCUCGAGCGCCGCGCCUCGCGGAAAGAAGAGCGCGGGCAGCGACACAGGAAGAAACGUUUUGGUUGGACAGCCUCGCUUGUCGAGCCGAGCGAUGAGAGUGGCCCGAGCGAAGAUACCGACGAGGAGGGUGCGUGCGAGGUCGAGCCGCCUCCGGAAGACUGGGAUCCGUCCCUUCCGUGGUGCUACAACUGCGCCUCCUCUGGCCACCACUGGGGCGACGAUUGCUUUCUAAGACGCACAAACCCGACGCGACCGACCGGCGAUCCGUCACCGUUCAGUGAUACCCUUGCUGCGUCUGGGCCGUUUGCUGACAGGCACCGGAUACGGUCGCACCGCAGCGAGGGUGUACGUCCAGCCAUGCGCGUCAAGCGCCGCCAGAGCGAUGGACCGCUGCAGCGCCCGUCGCUGUUGGAAGAUAUGGAGCACGAGGAUGAUGGUGACUGGUUUGCACGACACGAGGCACUGCGCAAGCACAGUACACAACAGGCGGAUGCUAUACCGACGCGAGGAUCACCAGAUGCGCGAAUCCGUGGUUCUGCGCACAGGCCAGGCACGCCGCCGUUUCCCACACACAAACCGACGCCGUCGCUUGCUGCACGACUUGCGCAGCGCUCCGAGUCGCCCGCCGCAAGACGCGUCCGCCGUGGAAAGGGACACGCUCGGAACAGCGGUACACCGCAAAGUUUUAAGCCGCAGUACAGGGGGGGAUAUACGUAG